AUGUGCAGGUUUUGUCGGUGCCAACUCCGAGUUCAUGCACGACUACGCCCGGUGCCACACAGCCUUGAUUGUCAAGGACUACCUACGUCGAGUUGGCAUCAAGGUUAUGGACUGGCCAGCAAGAAGCCCCGACCUCAAUCCUAUCGAGCACCUCUGGGACGAGCUGAAACGGGCCGUAAUCCAGCUCCUGCCACUCUCGAUGAGCUUCGAGAUGCCGUCAUCGAGGAGUGGGACAACAUUCCCCAGGAACACGUCGUGACGCUCAUCAGGUCCAUGACUGACCGCUUAGAAGUUGGUCGGAGGGCUAGAGGAGGCAACACUAGGUUUUAA